AACAGAUAAUAAACGAGGUAACCUGAAUAUCUAAUGGGGGAAGAGAAAGGCUGAACUACAAUAUUCACGUGUUCUCUGUUUUCAUGUUGUUUGGCAAUUUUACCAUUUUUUAAAAAUAAAGAUAUUAUAAUUCCGCUCCUCGCUGCAGCACGUGAAUGCAUCAGGGUAGUCGGUCGUCUCGGACUCGGAGCCGAGGUGGGAGGGAGGGGGCACUGUUGUCAUCCACCACGCACCGCUGUUUGUCGGGCUUUUGUCCAGGAGAAAUGGCCGGGAUUAAAGCUCUCAUCAGCUUGUCCUUUGGAGGAGCCAUCGGCCUCAUGUUCCUCAUGCUUGGAUGUGCCCUCCCUGUGUACGACAAAUACUGGCCUUUGUUCCUCCUCUUCUUCUACAUUCUGUCACCCAUCCCUUACUGCAUUUCACGGCGGGUGGUUGAUGACACAGACUCGACCAGUAAUGCCUGCAAAGAGCUGGCCAUCUUCCUCACAACAGGCAUCGUCAUUUCAGCCUUCGGUCUGCCAAUCAUCUUUGCCAGAGCUGAAGUUAUUGCCUGGGGUGCAUGUGCGCUGGUGCUAACAGGCAACGUAGUCAUCUUUGGGACCAUCCUGGGCUUCUUCCUCGUCUUCGGGUCCAACGAUGACUUCAGCUGGCAGCAGUGGUAAAAGCAGCCGAGGGGGUGGCACGACUUGGUUGGAACUGUUUUAUUAGUUUUAUUAUUAUGAUUAUUAUUGUUCUUGUUCUCAGAUUACCGUUCUGUUCUUGUAUUUGUUAUUUAUGAUGAUGACCACCAUCGCACAUCAAUAGACAACAACAAACCAGUGCAAUACACGGUCCUUUUUAUUUUUAUUGCUGUUUUUUUUUACUGCCUGUAUCAUGUUGAACUGAACUGACACCAGUGGAGCAGACAACACUGGUCCUCAGCCUGACCUCGUACCUCAUGUUGACUUUGGUUCUCUGAUGUCUUGUGUUUGUGACUUUCCUCCAUGUUGCUGCCUCUGUUUUUAACAUUGUAUACAAAUAUUGUUCUCAUGAAAACAAUGUUAAUCCUAAGAAAAAAAACAAAACAACGGAGUCCAUUUUUCUCCUUAUUUGAUCUUUCAACGCUGUGAGGACGACGUUUGUAUUUCUACUAGUUUGAGGGUCAAUCGAUUCUAAAUUUUACCUUUUUCUGAAAACAAGGAAUGUUUAACAUUUUCAGAUUUUUUCUUUUCAAAUGAUAGCACAUUUUAGCAGAUUACGUGCAGAUUUUUGUUUCCCUGUUAUGCUAAAGUCCUUAAGCUGUGAAACUAAUAAAACAAGUCAGUGUGUGUGGAAGUAGUGCAGCCAACCAGACACAACUUUCAUUGAUUUUCUUUUUCCCAUAACAUUUUUCUUAUUGUUUCCUCUUUGAAGACAGAGAGAAAAUUCAGUUGACUGUGAUUUCCCAUGUGCACAACUAGAUGCAGGCUGAUUAUCCACCGUCUUAUUAGUAUCUCUGAGCCCUUUUUCUCUCGUAUUGAGCGCUUGGGCUCACUGUGUCAGGGUCAAGUCAGCAUGGAAAGCUUUUAGUAGCAAGCCGCUAGCGUAGGAUUAGCUCAAGUCAGUCAUGCUACGUAAGCGGGGAGUUGCUUUUUAAAGAAGACCUGGUUAGCUGCUAAGAAACCUUAAGCCUUCUCAUGUGACCACUCUGCUCUGACUCUUUCAAAGUAAGAGUCUAAGCUCCAUUAGGUCAAGAGUUGUUCUUCAAAUGUUAGUCACAUUUCCUGACCGCAUCAGUUUCAAGAUCAAAACGAAACAUCCAUCUGACAGUUUAACUGCAUUUGAAAAAAAAAAGAAUUUGAGCAUCUCACCAAAGUGGAGAGUUAAGCAUUGGCCCCAAUGCUUUAGAUUUCAAUUGUAAUUCAUGUUUGUUUUCGGGAGAGGUUUAAGAAAAUGUGAUCUUUUGGAAGAAAGAAAACUAUUUCUUCUGAUUUGAUGUAAAACCUAGUAAUUAGAAACGGUUUUGUUAAAAUGUAUUUUUAAAGAACUGAUUAUUCAUUAAUAUUUUAACAGCCCACCAGAAAACAAUUUUCAAAAAAUCAAUUUUCAUUGUCAAUGCUUUAAGUUCAUUUUUCAUUUUGUUCAAGUUAUUUGUGCAAAAAUAAUUGUUUCAUUUUUUUUAUUUUAAUCUGAAACUGAAUUCACUGCUGUAGCUACACACUUUAACCGUAUCUGCCCCCUUUAUUGACUCAGAGACCUAGCAAAGGCAUAGAUUGUAUUAAAAGCACAGUCAUGACAUCUUAUGUGUUUCUGCUGGAAACUAAGCAGUGUUUAAAAAGAAAAAAAAAGCUAAUAUUGAAAACUACUGACAUAAAUGUGCAUGUUGUCAAACAGUUCCACUUUUACUCCACAGAAAAUUCAGUAAAAGUAGAUUUACCUGCCACUGAUGAUGGAGCAGGGAACUGUCUGUUGACAAAUAACGUUUUGUGUAUUUCUGUUUUUAAAAUUGCAUCUUUCGUUUUUAAUUUCUUUUCUCAUAUAAUUGGAAGAUUUUUGUAUUUAUAUCAAAGCAGAUGCUCUGUAUCUGAUUUUCAACGCCAUUUUCUAUCUGGAAAUUUUGUGUUCAUGAAGCAGAAGUAAGCAUGGUGAUUUUCUUUUUUUUUAAUAAAGACCAUUUUUGAACAUC